AUGAGAAGGCGGCCACAAUGGGAUGAUUCACUAUCGCUUUAGAAAAAUAAAGGAAGGCCGUUAAUAAAGGAUUAUUAAAAAACUUAUUUUUAUUUGCCAGGUUAAUUUUUAUGGGUAUAAGCAGAAGUUCGUUAAAACAAUUUGAUUGAUUAAAUAUAAAAUAUGAUAGAAAUAUUACAAUAAAAAAUAAUUACGGUAUGAAAAUUAAAUAUAAUAAUAAAAAAGUGGUCUAAAAUAUAUAUUGAAAGAGUAAGUGAUAGAGCACAGCAUCGUUUAACCUAUGCUGAACAGCUGCAACGAAAAGCUUCCCUAGUAUCUAAAAACAAAGAAAGUGCUCGCCAAGAAUGGCAAGCACAACAAGAAAUGCUCAAAAAUGGCAAAAUUCCAGAAAAGCUUAAAGAAAUAGUUGCUCCACCUCCUAAAAAGUACACAUCAAAUGCAUCAAGAAUUGCAGUUGACCCUAAAAACUCAAAUAAUCGUCCAUCUUCAGCUAAGCCACGCCCAUCUAUGCAAGAAGCGAAAGUGUCUUUAACACCUUCUAAUCGCUGUGCAGUCAUUCGAAUGACAAAGCCAAUUGAAGAGCAAUUUAAAAGCCUUAGUAACUUACUCUAAAAUAAUUAUUUAUUUAUUUUAAUGCAAAAUUUCGCUUUUAAAAUAAAAUAAGAAUAUAAGGGGAAGCUAGAAAAAGCAAUGAAUGACUUAGAAUCUGCAAUGACGCAGGAAGAAGGCUCUGCAUAUAAUAAAUGCAAUACUUAUCAUGAAAAACAAUUAUCUGAAGCUUCAUUCAUAGGAAGCACUCCUAUGCAUAAAUAUAAUACUUAUCAUGAAGAAGAAUUAUCAGAUGCUUCAAUAUUCUGCUACACUCCAGACGAUUCUCAAAGCUGUGUAAGCAUUUUAGAAGAUAAUCCAGUCAAUAACUACCAUUAUACAGAACAGCCUGUGUCUUUUAACCAUCAAAAUUUUGAUUAUCAGACAAUAGGCAAUUACCAGCUUGAAGGAAAUUAUCAAAGUAUUGGUAAUUAUCAGACUAAGUGCAAUCCUCAGUCUAUUAACAAUUAUCAGCCUAUUAGUGAUUGCAAACCUAUAGGUAAUUUUCAAAUUGACAACAAAUAUAUGCCUUCUUAUCAGCAAAAUGAAGAUAAAAUCGUAUAUGAGCCUGAUGCAUUAUUUUAUGACCCAGGGGAGUUUCAAAAGCCUUUACAAGAAAUCGAAGAAAAUACUCUAGACUCUGCUGAAAACUUACCCGCUAGCAAAAUCAUUGUAAAAGUUUGCCUUUUUGGGAAAAUUAAUCAAGCGAACAAAAGUUUUUACUUUGUAUAAAAUAUUUUUUAUAUAUAAAAAUUGUAAAUAUCAUAACUUUUAGCUAAUUCUUUUUAUUUUUUGAUUUAAAUAUAAAAUAGGAAAAAAUUAUAAUUUUGAGCUAAAAUUUUAAUCACUAUGUAAUCGAGCAAAAUUGUGCUUGCUCACUAAAGGAGGAGAGAAUUAGCGAAGCUGCUAGAGCAAACUAGAAAAGACUUAGAAGAGAUGAAUAUUCCCCAAGAAAAAGAGCCUGAAUGCUACUCCGAGUCAGUAGUAGAAGUUCCUAAAAUUUUCUUUGAAGAGGAACUGAUCCCAAGACAAUUCAACUUAAAGCCAAUUACCAGACCACAAAUUCCUCGAGUUGGGACGAAUUCUUUAGCCAUAGGAGAUAAUGUAAGAAAUGUACGAAUAGAUUGCAGAAAGUUCAUAAUUUAA